CGGAGCCAGCGCGUGCACGGCCCCCGCGUGUGCCCCUGGACUCGUCUUCUCCGCCAAGAUAGCAGCGAGCGAAAGCGCGGCGCGGCGAGGCGGGGGAAAAAAACAAACAAAAAAAGCAGCCGAACUCGGACAGACCCGGAGAGCUCGUCGGCGGAACCGCGGCGGGGUGGAGAGGAGGAAAAAAAACUAAAAAAAAAAAAGGUGGCGAAGGGGAAGUCAGGGACGGCUUACACUUGGACGUGAGCGACACUACCCGCCCCCAGCACGAGCCCCUCCAGGACCACCGUGCCCCGCCGGACCGAGAGCUACCGAAGGAACAACCUGACCUGAGACCUGGUGGUGGACCGAGAGGCGGGAUGAGUUGGGAACGUUCAGCAGCGAGCGCGGUGGAGCACUGAGGGCGGAGACGAGGCGGACCGUGCGACGCGGGAGACCCCAGGAAAUAAUUAGCCGUGCUGGCACACACAGAAUGACUGCUCGGGUGUGACGCACGGCCAGUUUUAAGAAGGUGUCUGGUUUGGAUCUGCAACCAAACCGGACAAUUAAAGAUCACCGGCGUCGACCUUCAAGACUGGACCCUUCUCUCUCCUGCACACCUGUGAGGUCCGCGCCAGCCGUCAGGCCCCGUCCCAGGCGCCGCGCUCGGGGACGCUCGCGAGGGGCCCGCUCCCUCCGGAGGUCCCCCUCCGCUUGGCCCCCCCUACCCCGCCCCGUCCUGAGACGGCGGGGACCGGGACCCUGUCAUCUUUCGGCAACUGACCCCUCCCGAGCGGCGAAUGACAAGCGUGCAUCCGAGGGCGGGGCUUGCCUCAGUCUCUCGUGAUUGGCUGCUGGAUGGAAUUAAGGUGAAUGGAACACAUGCUCAAGGAGGAAGACCCUAACCCACUAGAGAGCGAGGAGAAACGGUGGCUCAAUGGCCCGAAGAGGAAGAGGAAGAACAGCCAAUGUUCGGUGAAGAGCAUGACGGGGUACAUCCCCAGCUACCUGGAGAAGGAUGAGCCAUGCGUGGUGUGUGGCGACAAGGCCACAGGUUACCACUACCGCUGCAUCACCUGUGAGGGCUGCAAGGGUUUCUUCCGCAGAACCAUCCAGAAGAACCUGCACCCCAGCUACUCGUGCAAGUAUGAAGGCUGCUGCAUCAUCGACAAGAUCACGCGCAACCAGUGCCAGCUGUGUCGCUUCAAGAAGUGCAUCGCCGUGGGCAUGGCCAUGGACCUGGUGCUGGACGACUCCAAGAGGGUCGCCAAGCGCCGCCUCAUCGAGGAGAACCGGGAGCGCCGCAAGAAGGAGGAGAUCGUGAAGACGCUCCAGAACCGCCCCGAGCCCACCGAGUCGGAGUGGGAGGUGAUCCACAUGGUGACCGAGGCCCACCGGCACACCAACGCUCAGGGUUCCCAGUGGAAACAGAAGCGCAAGUUCCUGCCGGACAAGAUCGGCCAGUCGCCGGUGGCGCCCACGUCGGACGGCGACAAGGUUGACCUGGAGGCCUUCAGCGAGUUCACCAAGAUCAUCACUCCCGCCAUCACGCGCGUGGUGGACUUUGCCAAAAAACUGCCCAUGUUCUCCGAGCUGCCGUGCGAGGACCAGAUCAUCCUGCUGAAGGGUUGCUGCAUGGAGAUCAUGUCGCUGAGGGCCGCCAUGCGCUACGACCCCGAGAGCGAGACGCUGACGCUGAGCGGCGAGAUGGCGGUCAAGCGCGAGCAGCUGAAGAACGGCGGGCUGGGCGUGGUGUCGGACGCCAUCUUCGACCUGGGCAAGAGCCUGGCGCAGUUCAACCUGGACGACACGGAGGUGGCGCUGUUGCAGGCCGUGCUGCUCAUGAGCUCAGACCGCUCGGGCCUGACGUGCAUGGAGAAGAUCGAGAAGUGCCAGGAGACGUACCUGCUGGCGCUGGAGCACUACAUCAACUACCGCAAGCACAGCCUCCCCCACUUCUGGCCCAAGUUGCUGAUGAAGGUGACCGACCUGCGCAUGAUCGGCGCCUGCCACGCCAGCCGCUUCCUGCACAUGAAGGUGGAGUGUCCCAACGAGCUCUUCCCGCCGCUCUUCCUGGAGGUCUUCGAGGACCAGGAGGUGUGACGGGCACAGGGGGGGGGACUCACUGACGUUGUACAGAAAAAAACUAACAAACAAAAAACUGGAAGCGAGUCGCCGGCAGGAAGAGGAGGGGCUUCUACUGCGGCGUGUAGGGGCCCUUCUGUCUGAGCAUGCCAACACACACACACACACACACACACACACACGGAGAGAGCGGCGGCCAUUGCUCUUCUCAGUAUUAUUGUCCGCCUGCAGCCUCACAAUCAGCAGGUGGGCUGGGACAGGUGAGCACACCUGGACUGACCCAGCAUGGAUUCCUCAAGUCAAUCUGAGCCGUUCCAGUCCAUCCCGGUGCUAUCUUUCUGGCAGACUACUCCAUUUUUGUAACCUUGGGUUUUUUUUUCUGUCAUCGGACCAGCUCCUGUGACACACACACACACACACACACACUAUUAUUUUCAUUUUAUUUUUUCACACACAAACACUUUUUUUUUUCAUUUCAUUUUUUCACACACUUUUAUUUUCAUUUUAGUUUUUCUCACACAGACAUACACUUUUUUUCAUUUUAGUUUUUCACGCACACACUUAUUUUCAUUUUAGUUUUUCUCACACACCCACGCACAGUUAUUUACCUUUUUUUUCACGCACACACUUUUAUUUUAAUUGUAUUAUUUUCUACUCACAUAAAAACGUUUUUAUUAAUUUUUUUUGCUAUUACACACACACACACACACACACACACACUUUUAUUUUUAAUGUUUUCCCCCACAUAAAAACUUUUUGUUUUGCUUCUCCACACUCAUACACCUUUUAUUAAUUAAUGUUUUUGCUAAUUUACACACCUUACACACGCACUUUUGUUUUUGUUUUUAUUGUUUUCACACAAACAAAAUGUAAUUUUAAUUUUUAUAUUUUGCUUUUCCACACACUCUCACACAAUAAUUUUUUUUCUAAUUAUUUUCGCACACACAAAAUUUCAUUUACAUUUUUAUAUUUUGCUUUUCCACACACUCACACAAUUAUUUUUUUUCUCAUUAUUUUUUUCACACACAAACUUUUAUUUUAUUUUAUUGUUUUGCUUUUACACACACACACACACACACUUUUAUUGUUAUUCUAUUUUUUCCACAGGCACACACAUUCAAACUUUUUUUUGCUUUUCCACACACAGUUUUAUUUUUUAUUAUUUUUCACACACACAAACUUAUUUUAUUUUAUCUUUUUGGUUUUCCACACACACACACACAUUUUUUUAUUUUUUUUUAUUUUACACACACACACACAUCACCUCAGUAACGUGUUUGCCUCAUUGGCCGCCUGCAAUGGUGGCUUUAUUUUUUUGUUGAUGAUUCUGAUUCUUUUGGGCCCUGACCUGCGGGGCCUUUACUCAGCUCAGUGCUGCCCCCUCCAGGCUUCCAUACACAUUUGCCUUUUUUUUUUUUUUUUUUUUACUAUCUGUAUGAACCAUCACUGACAGCAGGCAGACGCCAAGAUGGCUGCCAUUUACCUCAAAGUGGACACACCCCCACUGCCCCCCCAUGGUUCUGGGCACUACCUCACCUACGUGGACACGCACGCACGCACGCAGUGCUAUGGGUUUAAAAAAAGAAAUACCACUGAAGAAGACUGGAGGGCCCGCCAUCUUUGGGGAAAGUUCUAUCAUGUUGGAAUUGUUAUGUACGGGACCAAGACACACACACACACACUCACUUAAAGCAAGGACAGUUUGGAUGUCAAAUGGAAAAGUUCUAUUGGCGGUCCUUUUCCCAGGACGGACGGGACAAUUGUGCUGAGCCAGCGUUCUAGAAUGUUCCGCUGAGGUCCCAAAGACCCACGCCGUGGACCAUCCUCGUCACACUACCUGUUCCGGAGCCCAGAUCCGCCUCUUUGUCCGGACCCGCCCCCCUCCGGGACACGCCCACCCAGCCAGGCUGGUGGGAGUUUUUGCACUUACCGCAGCCUCGCCACGCCUCCUCCUGCCCUUAUUUGGAGGUUAAACCACGCCCCCUAUCUCCCUUUGUUGGCUGACUCCCUUGGGAAACGAGCGUCUGUGUGACAGAGCCAAUCACGGGCGAGGGGGCGGGGCGUUUGGCAGAGUCACUUCUGUCAGGAAAAAAAAAAAAGCAGGAAGUGGACCUCCUUGUCAGACAAGGCGGCCAUGACGGUCUGCGCAGAGUGGCGCCCCCUAGGGGGACACCAGUGGAACAGCAGCCCGGAAUUCUACAAGACGAGAAGGAAAAGGUGUGUGUGUGUGUGUGUAUGCGCGCGCGCGUGUGUGUGUGUGUAGUACAAAGUUAAAAAGAUUAUAAAAGAGAUGAUUUAAAAACAUCAAAGAAAAAGGAGAUGACUUUAAAAAAAAAAAAAACUUUAUUUCCUGUUGGGUUUCUAAUAGGGGGCUUUUGACCAGCUUGUCACUUUCGGACCAUGUGCGCGUGCGUGUGUGCGCGCGCAGUCUAACGUCUCUCGGCGCCAUCCUUUCUGUGCGCGCGUGUGUGUGUAUGAUGCCCCGCCCCCUUUUAUCAGGAGCAAUUUACAAGCAAGGAAACUUUUUUUUUUUUUUAAUUAUUAUUGUUAUUAUUAAAGUGUUUGUUUGUGAAUACAUCUUUAGAGAAAAGAAACAAAACGUGAAAAAAAAACUAAAAUGUGUCAUACCUCACGACUUCAAGGGUCUGGUGGGCGGAGCCUCGUGUUUUGUUGCACGUCAACCUUCUCCAACGCAUUGACGUGUGGGUGUGGGUGUGUGUGUGUGUGUGUGUGUGUGCGUGUGUGUGUGUGUGUGUGUGUGGGUGUGUGUGUGUGCGCGCGCUAUGGCUGGGGCGAUACGGCUGAAAACGGUAUCACGAUAUCAGUGUUUUUUUUUUAUCAGUCGAUAUUGAUCAUAACUGAUAUCUUUUAUGAACCUAUGGAAAAUAACGGGCAGGAGGAAACUACAUUAAAUGUUAAUAUUUGUAUUAAUAUGUGAUUAUAAUCCCUCAGCUAUCAAGGCAAAAGGAAGUGUCAACACAAGCGUGUAAAACAGUCAAUGUAAACAACAUUAUCAAUAAUCUUUUAAAAUGAAGGUGCAAAAAUGAUGAAUUUGUUCGAAUUUUGCUCCAUAAAGCGUAAGAAAAUAGUGCAAAAGUGUGAAAAUGUAAACGUAGAGAAACCUGAGAAGAACUAUUUUCUGCAGGUUUAGUGGCAGGAAAUAACGGCUGUGUAACAUGAAUUUGCCAUGUUGUUCUUGUUUAACUGCGGAAAGGAAUUUUUGCGGUUGCAGGAGAAAAUAUCCAUCCAUCCAUCCAGUUUCUACCGCUUGUCCCUCUCGGGGUCGCGGGAGGUGCUGAAGCCUAUCUCAGCUACCAGGACAAAAUAUAUUAAAUGUAAAUAUAUUUGAUUCAAAUGUAACCUUCCUCUGAUUAUAAUGCUUCAGCUAUCAAGGCAGAAAGGAAAUGUCAACACAAGCGUGGAAAACACUCAAACAAUGUAAACAAAAUAGUAAAAUCACAUUGAAGACUUAACAAUAAGCUCUUAAAAUGAAGGUGCCAAAAUAAGGAAUAUGUAAGAAAUCCUUCAUAAAGUGUAAGAAAAUAGUGCAAAGUGUGAAAAUGUAAACAGAGAAACCUGAGAAGAACAAUUUUCUGCAGGUUUAGUGCUAGGAAAUAACGGCUGUGUAACAUUAAUUUGCCAUGUUGUUCUUAUUUAACUAUGGAAAGGAAUUUUUUUUAUGCAUUCAUUAUUUAAAUAUUAUUAUUAUUAAAAUAGUGCAAAGCGUGAAAAUGUAAACAUAGAGAAAACUGAGAAUAACUAUUUUCUGCAGGUUUAUUGACAGGAAAUAACAGCUGUGUAACAUGAAUUUGCCAUGUUCUUAUUUAACUAUGGAAAUGCAUUUUUGUUAUGCAUAUAUUAUUUAAAUAUUAUUAUUAUUAUUAAAAUAAUGCAAAGCGUGAAAAUGUAAACAUAGAGAAAACUGAGAAUAACUAUUUUCUGCAGGUUUAUUGACAGGAAAUAACGGCUGUGUAACAUGAAUUUGCCAUGUUAUUCUUAUUUAACUAUGGAAAUGCAUUUUGGUUUGCAUAUAUUAUUUAAAUAUUAUUAUUAUUAUUAAAAUAAUGCAGAGCGUGAAAAUGUAAACAUAGAGAAAACUGAGAAUAACUUUUUUGCAGGUUUAUUAACAGGAAAUAACGGCUGUGUAACAUUAAUUUGCCAUGUUAUUCUUAUUUAACUAUGGAAAUGCAUUUUUGUUAAGCAUUAAUUAUUUAAAUAUUAUUAUUAUUAUCAUUAAAAUAAUGCAAAGCGUGAAAAUGUAAACUUAGAGAAAACUGAGAAUAACUAUUUUCUGCAGGUUUAUUGACAGGAAAUAACGGCUGUGUAACAUUAAUUUGCCCUGUUAUUCUCAUUUAACUAUGGAAAGGAAUUUUUGUUAUGCAUUAAUUAUUUCAAUAUUAUUAUUAUUAUUAAAAUAGUGCAAAGCGUGAACAUGUAAACAUAGAGAAACAUGAGAAGAACUGUUUUCUGCAGGUUUAGUGGCAGGAAGUUACAGCUGUGCUCUAAAGGGUGAGCAGCUCUAAGGUGGUGUGGUAUUAGCGGUAUUGCCUUGCAUCAUUUAAAGACCACAUUGGUCUGACUACGGUCCCUUUGGGGAAAAAAGUCCCCAAAACUGUCCAGGUGACUUUUCCCCUUUUAUCCACAAUUUCUUCAUUUUUGACUGUCACCUGAUUGGCUGUUAACGUGUCAUGUGAUUCAGUUCCUGCCUUGCUCGGUUACCAGAGAGCGAGUGCCUUUGUUCGUGCAACCAACCUGGCUUCCAUACUUCCUGUUUCCUCCUCCGAAGAAAAACAUAUUUUUUUCACGUCUACGGUGAUGCAUAUUGAUAUCGUUUUAUUGCCGAGCCCAAGUGCACGCUACUAACACCCCCUCACUCACACACACACGCUGUAGCGCCCCCUAGGGGAUGGGAGGGUGUUUGUAGCGGCUGAGUGUUUCUGCUAAUGAAUGUAUCUGACAGGAGCGGGCGUAGAACCCAGACCCACCGCCCAAACUUCCGCGCACCAGCAGAGCAGACAUAACAAUCCAUCCCUUCAUGUUCAUAGUGUGUGUGUGUGUGUGUGUGUGUGUGUGUGUGUGUGUGUGUGUGUGUGUGUGUGUGUGUGUGUGUGUGUGUGUGUGUGUGUGUGUGUGUGUGUGUGUGUGUGUGUGUGUGUGUGUGUCUGUCGUCAGUUUGUCCGCGUGUGUGUGUCUGUCGUCAGUUUGUCCGCAUGCGCACGGCGUCUAUGCAAUUCCCCUCCAAAGUGUGUUGAUGCUCUCAUGGCUCGGUGGGCGAAUCUCACAUUAAAAAAAAAAAGGUCCCAGAUUUAAGCCCCGCCCCCUAAAUUGCACAUUUUAAAAGGUGUGAAGCUUUAAUGUUUUCUACCCGGCGACUAAGUCAUUGUAAAGAGUGAUUGGCAAUCACAAACGAAAGCACUUAAACUAAAAAAAAUAGUACUUUGGAUGCGACGCUGCCCCCCGUGUCCCCCCUUAGGAACCUUAAGAUUGAUUAUUAUUAUUAUUUGUAUUAUUAUUUUAUAUUAUUAUUAUUAUGUUUCAUUUAGUCUUUUCCUGAAAGGUUACAAUUGUUUGAGGUGAAUUAUUAAAUAAUGCACUUUACCUGUUCAGGUAGUAUUAGGAGAGGAUUUCUUCUUGGUGACGUUCGCCCACCCCAGAGAGCGCACACACACACACACACACACGCACACACACACACACACAAGAGGUGGUUGUGAGGAAAGCUAAUUGAAGGAUUCUCUCAGGUAAAAAUAACAUUUUGUAAUAAAUGAUGAACUCUAUGGAAUUCACUUUCAUCUGUUUUGUCAUUGUCUCCUCCUCCUCCUCCUCCAUGUUUGUGUUCCCACACCUACGAAAUACGAUUAUCUCGCCCGAUUGGUCCUAAUUGGACUCGUUACCCGUUUCCUUAGUAAGGUCAGAUGGAAACACAACCAAAGCCAUGUUUCCCAUGAGGAAAAAAAAAAAGUCAAAUCUGUUCCGGACUCCCAAAGUAAUGUAAACAAAACACAUUUUAUUGACAAGUAUUUUAGUUUGACACGCACAAAACAAUGUGAAUUACAUCACAUGAGAUAAACCAACAUUCAACAUGACUUUUAGUAGGGGUUACUGGUGGUUCUCACCUUCUUUAUCAAAGUGCUGACACACAACUAGGGGUGGGAUUCUUUGGGGGCCUAACGAGUAGAUGUGAUUAUGAUUCUUGAUUCAACACGAUUUUCACAAUGUAUAUGUACUGUAUAUACAUCUAUGUAUGUAUGUAUGUAUAUACAUACAUACAUAUAUAUUUAUAUAUAUGUAUAUACAUACAUAUAUGUAUGUAUGUUUAUAUGUGCAUAUAUAUUUAUGUGUAUGUAUGUAUAUACAUAUGUAUUUAUAUUUACACAUAAAUACAUAUAUGUAUGUGUAUACAUAUGUAUAUAUACA